GACCGACCAUUCACACACUUGCUCUUUCAUUCAUGUCUCCCGCAGGUGGCCAUGGGCUCUGUGAGGCCAGGAUCCUCGCAAAAGGAGGAAGCCAAGAAGAGCUAUGCCAGUGAUUCCCUACCUUGUCCACAUGUUAGCAUCACCUGGGGAGUUUCACAAAAACACUGCUGCCAACCCUGUCCACCAGUGAUGGGGACAACUUGACUGGCUGGUUGCCACGGGAUCAAGUGAGAUUCAAUUCACCUGCAUAAGAAUCUCACCCAUGCUAGUGAAUUUCAAAAGGGAACAAAUCUCUGGCCCCAGGUAAAGGAAGGAAUGGAUCAUUCGCUUUCUUACCUGGAAGCUGAGAUUGUCACUGAGUGGCAAAAAUCUAGGAUGUUGUGUGGUGGGUGCCUGACCUGGUGAUGGCAGGACAGGUGUGGCCUCCAGUCCAGCUCAGGGGACCAUUAAUUGAGCAUCCACUAUGUUCUGGACAGAAACUUUCACAACACCACCUUUUCUUCCUCAAGACCAUUUUACAAAUGCAGAAACGGAGAGGAGACUGGGGCGCAGGGGAGCCCUCCCAGUCUCCCAAUGGCAGCUGGCCCCCAAGUCAGAAUGAGAGUAGUGCUGAGGCUGCCCUGGCUGCAAACCUCACCUUCUCCUCCUACUACCAGCACUCCUCACCGGUGGCCGCCAUGUUCAUCGUGGCCUACGUGCUCAUCUUCCUCCUCUGCAUGGUGGGUAAUGCCCUGGUCUGCUUCAUUGUGCUGAAGAACCGGCACAUGCGUACAGUCACCAACGUGUUCAUCCUCAACCUGGCUGUCAGCGACCUGCUGGUGGGCAUCUUCUGCAUGCCCACCACCCUCGUGGACAACCUCAUCACCGGGUGGCCCUUCGACAAUGCCACAUGCAAGAUGAGCGGCUUGGUGCAAGGCAUGUCCGUGUCAGCUUCCGUGUUCACGCUGGUGGCCAUCGCUGUAGAAAGGUUCCGCUGCAUUGUGCACCCUUUCCGAGAGAAGCUGACCCUGCGGAAGGCGCUGGUCACCAUCGCGGUCAUCUGGGCCCUGGCGCUGCUCAUCAUGUGUCCCUCGGCCGUCACGCUGACAGUCACGCGCGAGGAGCACCACUUCAUGGUGGACGCGCGCAACCGCUCCUACCCCCUCUACUCGUGCUGGGAGGCCUGGCCCGAGAAGGGCAUGCGCAAGGUCUACACCGCCGUGCUCUUCGCGCACAUCUACCUGGCGCCGCUGGCGCUCAUCGUGGUCAUGUACGCCCGCAUCGCGCGCAAGCUCUGCAAGGCCUCCGGGCCCUCGCGACCGUGUGACGCUCAGCUGACCAACGUGAGCUAG